AUGGACAACCCUACUCUACUCUGUUAUCAAAAUCUCACAAUUCUCUUUGACCUUACUGCUUCAGAAUCGAGAUCCCAAUACGGAUCUGCCUUCUCACUAAUACUCAAACGUUGUUUGUGGGAAGGGGCUUCACCGAAAUCGGUGUCGUUUGUUGCGAGGACACGACCUUUGCUUGCACUGUGGAGAUUAAUGAAAUCGGUCUACGCGAGUCGAGUAUUGAUGACGGUGAGCAUUCUCGUCCUCAAGUAUUCGGUGCUUCAGUCCCCAUUCUCAACGUCGAAUGUCAUGCAUAUCACCUACGGUGGGAGAAAAUCCAUGCCCAGGCAACCUGCAUGCUUCCAAGACGGAAAGCACGGAAGAGUUGUUGUGAAAAGUGGCCCAACAGACUGGGCAUCUGAGCUGUCACUCGAUUCAUGUUUACGGCAAGGUUCCCCCAUGGAAUGA